CAAAAUUUAAACGGUUCUCCUCAAUUUCAGUUCAUUUUGAAACCUUGUUGUGGAGCUGAGCAGUUACCAGCUACACCCAUCGUCAUCAUCAUCACCAUCUCAUGGAUAGCCACGAUUCUCAAGACGGCAAACAAAGCCCUGCUGAUAUGACAGCAUUUGUGCAAAAUCUUCUUCAGCAGAUGCAAGGUAGGUUCCAGACCAUGUCGGACUCCAUUAUUACAAAGAUUGAUGAUAUGGGAUCUCGAAUCGAAGAGUUGGAGCAGAGCAUCAAUGAGCUGAGAGCUGAGAUAGGAGUGGAGCUCUCUCAAUUACAAGGAACCCCUGAGAAGCCUAAAGAAGACGAGUCGAACAAAGAAGAGGGUUCAUCUUAAAGUGACAUUUUAGUUCAAUUUCUCAUUGUUUGUCUUGCAUUGUACGAUGAUUGGUAUGGUGCAUCAACUAUCUUUGUCUAUGUUGUUCAGAAAAUUAGUGUUGUCUGGUUGAAUACUGCUGAUCAUUUGUAGCUAAAUCAUCUUACAAUUUUACGAUUUAGCAAUAUUCCUACAGUUUUAUGUUACAAAUCACUUUGUUUCC